CUGGGUGAGGUGUCCGUUAGCAUCAGGAGACAGAGAGAGUGUUGUAGAGCUGAUGUAGUAGCUGCUUAAACUUGUUUUGUCCUGGCUAGUCCAAUCUGCUAGCAAGGCAUCUGUUAGGCUAUGCUGGAAUAAGACAUUUAGAUCCCUUGAGCAUAGAAGCCUGCUGUACAGUCUUGGCUGUGGAAAGCUUGAUUGCCCCAUUUCAGCUGUGAUACAUGGAAGGAGCUAGCAACAAACAAUGCUUAACAUUUUCUUCUACCACUGAAGUGGACAAGCAGUCUUCAAGGAACCUUGGAGGAAUUUACCACUGACACUCAGUCCCAGACAGUCCUUGUGAAGGAAGACUAUUGUAAACUGUGAAACCCUCUCUUCCUUCCUCUGGAGAUUCCACUGGUAAAGCGAUUCUGAUGCAGUUUCUUCAACUCAACUUCAGAGCCUCUGCCAUGAGAAGGUUGAGCAUUUACCAGUAGGAAGCUUGUAACCCAGUUUGAAAAAGUGAAUCUCCAGAAAGAGGUGAAUUAUUUUUCCCUCUUCUGGCUCUGGAGGGGAUAGGAACUUCUCUGGAAUUGUCUAUAAUUCUUCUGUGUCUACAUCUAUAAAACCUGAUUAAUAUUUUAGGAGAAGAAAAUAGCUGUUCUAUCAAAACUUAUCCUAACACUAUUAUAGUAAUAAUAAUAAUACAAACCCCAUGGAAUUUUGCCCUGCUGUGUGAUAUACUGUACAGAUGCUUUAAAAGUACCAGUCUGUUAGAGUUUACAGUCUGAAGAACACUGACAGACAGGUUGGCAGACAAGAAGUGUUUUCAUUCCCAAUUUCCAGAUGAGCAGCUGAGGCUAAAGAAAUCAGUUCUGACCUGAUGCUAACUGUAAGUCUCUGGAAGUCUGGUGGUUAUAAGAAGUUGGCCAAGGCCUGAGGUCACAGAACGUGGCUGUAGAAUAGCCAGGAGUUAACCACAACUUUUCAGAGUUUCUUGACAGCACGUCUGGUUCUGGCAUUCCUAGUUCACACCUGCCUCUCCCUGCAAAUAUUCAGCAUGCUCUUUUUAAUUCUCACUCUAAUCGGUAGCUGAUUUUGACAAGCUUUCAAGGACUUCAUUGCAAGUUCUAGGAAACUCGUAUUUUGAUAUGAACUGGUGCUAUUUUAUACUGCUUACUCUGUUCUCUUUGCCUUCUCUGAAUGGGCAGAGAUUUAUCAAGCUAUGGGUAUUCACAAAUGUUUUACUUUUUCAACAAAAGGAAAAGCCAGUUCUUGAAACUGCUUUAUGCCUUUACCUGACCUACCUCUUCUGCUGUAAUAUUUACCAUCGCCAGCUCCAGGUGGAAUAGAGCGCUGGUAGAUAUCAGCUGGUAUUGAAAGGCAUAUCUUAACAUAACUCACUUAGAAAUAGGUUGAUAUAUUUCCCUUCUUAAGGCACUUGUUGUGCUGAAUUUAAAGAGAAUGUGCUACGCCUUGUCCUGGUUUUGAGGAAAAGAUCUGCUGAAGUUGAUGUGCUUCUUAUAGACACCCUAUAUGCCUACCCUAGAAGAUAGCCUAUAGAUACCCUACAUGCAUAUAAUUAGAUAAUUAGGUCAAAGCAAAGCCUGCGUGCUUGACAGUUAUCAGCAGUUGAAUUUAUAUUGUGAACAAGACCCUGUAUGGCCACUAAUAAAUCUGGAGCUGGUGAACUCCACCAUAGAUGGGAACUUUGCACAGCAUGCUGUGAUCCAGAAGGAAGGGCUUGCCCAGUGCUGCAAUUUUCAGCUUUUACUCAAACUAGUUAACCAGCUUUUGAUUUCAGUGCCUUUCUUACUGAGAUGCCCAAAGAGCUGGUGCCUCUUGGGUGUAAAACUUUCUAGGAGAAAAGCUGGAAUCUGCUUACUCACGCGGCAAACUCUUCUUGCUCUUUCCUGAUAUCCUGGAAUUGUGUGUUUCUGUCAGUAAAACUGUAAUCCAGCACUUGGCAGCUUGUCAGCACAGCAAGUCUUUGUGGGAGGGUUGAUUGGCAAGGGGAAACAUCAAGCUUAGUUUGUAAGGGUGUGAUCCUGGGGUUUUCCAAGAAUUUUUUUUUCCAUGCGGGAUUUCCCGUACUAUGAAGGACAGGCUGGCUGAGAGAAUAAAAGGCAGUAGUAAAGGCAAGGGCACAGUCUGGAUGCUUUGAGUUGAAUCUUCAAGUCCAUAUUCAGCAGUUUAACUACUAUCCAGCAGUCCCUGCUAAAUAAUAGAAGACUUCUAGAGCACCUGACCAAUACAGCUACACCUCCAUCUGCAUAAAAGACAAAACUCAGAAACAUGACUUGCUUGUGGUUCCUGUCUCUUCUUGCUUAUGGGCUUACAAUACUGGAGGGGGUGAAUUGUUGGAUAUACAUUUAUUCAAAUACAAACAAGACCUAUGAUGAUGCAGAGAAGUGGUGCCGCAACCAUAACGCUAAGUUGGUUGCCAUUCAAAAUAAGAGCAUAAAUGGCUACCUCAAUGAAACCUUACCCCACAAUCCAGGUUACUACUGGAUUGGAAUCAGAAAAAUUAAUGAUAAGUGGACCUGGGUAGCAACAAACGAAACACUGAUGGAAAAAGAUGAAAACUGGGCUACAGGCGAGCCAAAUGGCAGGAAAGACGAGGACUGUGUUGAAAUCUACAUCAAAAGAGACAGAGAUGCUGGCAAAUGGAAUGAUGAGAGGUGUGACAAAGCAAAGGUCGCCUUGUGCUAUAGAGCUUCUUGCAAUGAGUCUACCUGCAGUGGCAAUGGGCAAUGCAACGAGGGUUUUAACAAUUACACCUGCGAAUGUAACCCUGGAUUCUAUGGGAGGAAUUGUGAACUUGCUGUGACCUGCCCUGCUCCAUCCAUUGCUAAUGGCUCUGUGGCCUGCUCCGAUCCCUCUGCGAAUGUCACCUGGGGUAACAACUGCACGUUCACUUGUGAGGAAGGAUUUAUCCUGAAAGGACCAGACACACUGCAGUGUGGAUCUUCUGGGAAUUGGUCAGAGGAGCAGCCAUCCUGUGAAGCUGUGACCUGCCCUGCCUUAACACCCAUCGCUAAUGGCUCUGUGACCUGCUCCGAUCCCUCUGUGAAUGUCACCUGGGGUACCAACUGCACGUUCACUUGUGAGGAAGGAUUUGUCCUGAAAGGACAAGACACACUGCAGUGUGGAUCUUCUGGGAAUUGGACAGAGGAGCAGCCAUCCUGUGAAGCUGUGACCUGCCCUGCUCCAUCCAUUGCUCAUGGCUCUGUGAACUGCUCUGAUCCCUCUGCGAAUGUCACCUGGGGUACCAACUGCACGUUCACUUGUGAGGAAGGAUUUGUCCUGAAAGGACAAGACACACUGCAGUGUGGAUCUUCUGGGAAUUGGACAAAGGAACAGCCAUCCUGUGAAGCUGUGACCUGCCCUGUUCCAUCCAUUGCUCAUGGCUCUGUGAACUGCUCCGAUCCCUCUGUGAAUGUCAUCUGGGGUACCAACUGCACGUUCACUUGUGAGGAAGGAUUUGUCCUGGAAGGACCAGACACACUGCAGUGUGAAUCUUCUGGGAAUUGGACAAAGGAACAGCCAUCCUGUAAAGCUGUGACCUGCCCUGCCUUAACACCCAUUGCUAAUGGCUCUGUGACCUGCUCCCAUCCCUCUGCGAAUGUCACCUGGGGUAACAACUGCACGUUCACUUGUGAGGAAGGAUUUGUCCUGAAAGGACCAGACACACUGCAUUGUGAAUCUUCUGGGAAUUGGACAGAGGAGCAGCCAUCCUGUAAAGCUGUGACCUGCCCUGCCUUAACACCCAUUGCUAAUGGCUCUGUGAACUGCUCUGAUCCCUCUGCGAAUGUCACCUGGGGUACCAACUGCACGUUCACUUGUGAGGAAGGAUUUGUCCUGAAAGGACAAGACACACUGCAGUGUGGAUCUUCUGGGAACUGGACAAAGGAACAGCCAUCCUGUAAAGCUUCUGAACGUCCCGAUGUCAACUAUGUCUAUGUGGGUAUAGCAGCCAUAAGUGCCUCUGUGUUGACCACAGCAGCAUUCUUCCUUUGGCUAGCAAGACGCUUGAGAAAAAAAGCAAAGAAAUUCACUCCUUCCAGCAGCUGUCAGAGCCUUACUACUGAAGGCAGUUUCCAGCAUGUUGGCAGGACGGUUUAACUCCAGGUGUUUCAGGAAUUGAAGCCAUCUUUACUUAUGUCUCAGGUUUUCAGGAAAUGAAACUGCAUGCAGAUCAGCAGCUGUCCAGAUGUUUUUACCUCUUGCUGACAAGAUGAUUCACCUUGUGUAUUGCUCAAAUUUUGAACUCAAGCUGUCUGGUAUUUUCAUUGAAGACAAACAAGCAGAGGGCAAAAUUCUGGCCUUCUGGCAAAAUACUGUCUGCAUUCAGUCAUGUAGUUAUCAUAACUGGGAGCUUGCCAUCUCUUGUCCAGAUGGUGAGCAAAUAGUAAGCUGCUGCCUAAAGAGGAGGCUGGUUUCUCCUCUGUUCUGCUCAAAGGUACCUAGGUGAGGUGAAGACAUGCAUUAUUUCACAUGACUUACUACACUGCUGGAGAUGUCUUCUCUGGAGACAUAUGGGAUAUACUUGCAGAAACAAAAUAAUUGGGAUUAAGAAACAUUUGUUGAAUUGCUUUGAAGUCAUUGAUCUGGUUUAUUGUUGAAAUCAGUUUAAGAUGAUGUCCCUGACAUAAAUGGACGGUUACUUGUGUUUCUGCUGCAUGUCCCAGAUAGCUUGUGGACUUUUUUGCUAAUAGCACUAGGAAUGUUGGUGCUUGUAAUAGGUACUUCAGUUUCUGAAUGCAGCAAUUAGAUCUGAAAUGAUCUCAUCCCCAUGGGAUUACUGUAAUACAGGUGUAUAUUUAAAUAUUUAAUUUGAGUGAAUUUUACUGUGGGUAUUUCUGUGCUGUUAACAGUAAAUGUUUAAAGCACCUGUUCCUGAGUAGGUCUCUGAUCACUGAUCUGGGCACAGGCCAUUUUAAAAUGUCAGAUAUGUUUCUAAGAUUACAUGCCUGCAUAUAAUUUGCAAAUAAAAUGGAAGUCUCAGAUUUGUAUGUGUGUAUAUAUAUAUUGCAAGUAUGAUUUAUAAAGCUCUUAAAGGACUUUAAACGAUUCGUAAGUUAUGUUUAAGUUAUAACCAUAAAUUAAACAUCUGUAUGACUUGGAAUUUGAUAUGUAUUGUUCUAUUUGUAACAUUAUUUAAUAAAACAUUUUAAAUGUAA